AUGGUAGCCUUUCAUCAUGGAAAGGUGAAGAGUGUUGCAAAUGGAAAGGAAUUUCAUGUUAUACUAAAGGAUUGCAAGUGCAUUGGUACACUUGGUCAACUGAUAGAGUUGAAUCUUGGUUUUAAUGGCUUAGAAGGAAAGAUACCAAAAAGUGUUGGGUCACUUGGUAACUUGAUAGAGUUAAAUCUUAGUGGUAAUAAACUUGUUAGUGUCAUUCCUCCUGGUUUAGGGAACCUUUCCAAUUUGCAAACUCUUGACCUUGGAUUUAAUGACUUGACUGCAAAUGACCUUGAAUGGAUUUCUCACCUCUCUAAUUUGAGACACCUUGCUGUUGAUCGGUUGUCAUCAAUAAGCAAAACUUCAUCUCUGUCUGAACUUCAUUUACUCGGUUGUGGGCUCCAUCAAGCACUUCCUAAAUCUAUUCCCCACCUGAAUUCUUCCAUUUCUCUUAAAUAUCUCGAUCUUAAAGAAAAUGGUUUAAGAUCAGCCAUUGCCCAUUGUGCCAUGGAAAGUUUUCAUAAAAACAAGUGUGUGGAGACAGAGAGGAGAGCUCUGCUCAAGUUUAAAGAUGCUCUCCUUCUUGAAAGGAACGACCUUACCUCAUGGAAAGGUGAAGAAUGUUGUAAAUGGGAAGGGAUUUCAUGUGAUAAUUUCACUCAUCAUGUAACCAGUUUGGAUCUCUUUGCUUUCAGAUUGAGCGGUAAGUUAGAUUCUUCAAUAUGUGAACUGAAACAUCUUACUUCUUUAAAUCUUGCUUAUAAUAAAUUAGAAAGUAAGAUACCAAAGUGCAUUGGUUCACUUAGUAAGUUGAUAGAGUUAAAUCUUAUUGGUAACAAACUUGUUAGUGUCAUUCCUCCUAGUUUAGGGAACCUUUCCAAUUUGCAAACUCUUGACCUUGGAUUUAAUGACUUGACUGCAAAUGACCUUGAAUGGAUUUCUCACCUCUCUAAUUUGAGACACCUUGGUCUAUCAAAGGUCAAUCUCUCUCUAGUUGUUGAUUGGUUAUCAUCAAUAAGCAAAAUUCCUUCUUUAUCUGAACUUGAUUUCUAUGGUUGUGGACUGCAUCAAGUCAAUCUUGAAUCUAUUCCACUUCUGAAUACUUCCAUUUCUCUGAAAUAUCUCGAUCUCUCAUAUAAUGAAUUCCAAAGUAGCAUACUAAAAUAUUUUAGGAAUAUGUCUCAACUGCAAGAGUUGCAACUAAACUACAAUAAAUUGUCUAGCAAACUUAGUGACAACAUACAACAAUUGUGUUCCGCAAAAAAUGGUUUAAGGAAAUUGGAUCUAAGCGAUAACCCAUUUAUUAGAGGACCACUUCCUGAUUUUUCUUGCUUUUCAUCGUUGGAGGCAUUAUCUCUUCGAAAUGCCAAUGUUGUUGGGACAUUUCUAUAA